UUCGACAACACCGCUAACCCGCAGCAACCGUCAAGAUGAAGUACAUCCACUCCGAGGAAGAGCUCACCAUCCCCGAUGGCGUCAAGGUCAACAUUAAGAACCGAUACGUCGUUGUUGAGGGUCCCCGAGGCAAGCUCACCAAGUCUCUCGGUCACUUGGCGGUCAGCUUCACGCACCCCAAGAAGAAUGUCAUCAAGAUCGAGCUCCACCACGGCUCGCGCAAGAGCGUCGCCACUCUCCGUACCGUCCGCACCCUCAUCAACAACUUGAUCAUCGGUGUCACCAAGGGUUACAAGUACAAGAUGCGCUACGUCUACGCCCAUUUUCCCAUCAACGUCAACCUGGAGAAGAACAGCGAGACCGGUUGCUGGGAGGUUGAGAUCAGGAACUUCAUUGGCGAGAAGCUUGUACGAAGGGUUGUCCUGAGGCCCGGUGUUGAUGUCGAGGCCUCGAAGAGCCAGAAGGACCAGCUUGAGCUUUCUGGAAACUCGCUCGAGGACGUGUCGCAGGGUGCCGCCGAUAUCCAACAAAUCUGCAAGGUCCGCAACAAGGAUAUCCGAAAGUUCUUGGACGGUCUGUACGUGUCGGAGCGCGGCAACAUUGUCGAGGACGCGUAAACGGUUCUGGGGAGUAGGGGUUUCUUUACGGGCACAUGAGCAUCUAUGAACUUCUCUGCAUCACAUGCGGUUGGCGCCUGGGGGUCUAAGCUCAAAAAACGAUGUUCAAACAAUACCACCAAUGACUUGAUGGAAGACGCAUGCACACUCGCUCUUGGUGACACAAUGGGACGUCGACGAAUUGCGUGAUGGCAGCCAGGCCGGUGCGUACAUGUAAGGCUCACUUUGUUUAUUACCGGAGGGUGGGGUUGAUGGUGAGGCUUUGUUAGCGUUCAAAGGCAAUACAAGAAUGCUACCCACACGAUAGCCAUGUCUGCC